AUGGCCGGAAAAGGCCCGGAGCGGCUCCUGCGUGCGCCAGAGCGAACCGCCCGUCUGUGUCUCGCCACGGCCAGCGCCGGGAUUAACCCCCUGCGGGACCGGCUGCGGCUGAGACCGGCCGGACCGAACCGCCCGGACGGACCGUGCGCCCCGGAUCGGGCCCCCGGGGUCCCGGCGCCCCUGAAGGCGGCCGCAGCGUUGCUGUCAGCUGUCCCAGCCCAGUUCUUCUCCACCCCAGAGGUGGCCGCAUUUCAGGAGCGGGUCUGGGCCGAGUGGGUCAGACGGGCCCUGCCAGCUGUGACCAUGUCGUCGAUGGACCCCCUGCCCCCCGCCCUGCCCCCCGCCCAGAAGCCCACCCGCAUCAUGAAGCCACGUCCUCCCUCGUGGUCGCGGCCCUGCCCGGCCCCCCAGCAGGACGCGGCCCCCCGCCUGGAUCCGUCCCCCGGCAGGGAGCAGGGCCCAGGCAACGUCCGCAAGAUGGUGGGGCGCUUUGAGCACCGGGUGGGCGGGGGCCCGGCACCCAGCUCCCCCCCGGAGAACGGGGCCCAGCGCCCCCCGCAGGCGCCCCUGGGGAUGGAGCUCGGUCUGGGGCAGGACGCUGGGGGGCAGCCCCCCAGCCCGGAGCCCCCGGGCGCCUGCCCCGCACGCUGCCCUUGCGGCUGCCACCGGCGCCGGCCUGGCAUGGUGCUGGUGUGGGUGCUGGCGCCCGAGGGGGAGGAGCCGGGCUCGGAUGGCUCCGCCUCCACCGAUGAGGAGGGCCCCCUCUUCCGGCGCCUGCUGGAGGUCACCCCCCCCGCCCUCCAGUCCCGCUGGUCCCCCCUCCAGCCCCCCGCCCCGCCCCCCGAGGACGGCAGCGUGGUCCUGACCAGCUACCGCUCCACCGCCCAGCUCAAUGGGGGCCCGGCGCGGGCCAAGCCCCCACGCCGGGCCAAGGGGAGGGCGCCCCAGGCGGACAGGCCCCCCCCGGCCGUGCCCCCCAAGACCCCGGGGAAGCCCCUACGCGGGGCCCUGGACCCCCAGCCUCCUGCCCAGCCCCCCCAAGCCCCUCCAAUCCCUGCCAAACCGUGCUGCCCGUCCCCGAAGGGCCCCGGCUGGGGGCUGCCCCUGCAGGACGAGCCCCUGUACCAGACGUACCGCCAGGCCGUCAUCCGCAAGGAGCUCUGGGACGGGGACCCGGCCCCUCCGGCCCCCCCCAGCGCCCCGGCCCCCCGCAGCACCCUCUGGCAGGACCUGCCGGCCGUGCGGGAGAGCGGCCUGCUCCGGCGCCUCAGCCCCCAGGAGUGCAAGAUGCAGGAGAGCCUGUUCGAGGUGCUGACGUCGGAGGCCUCGUACCAGCGCUCGCUGCGCCUGCUGGCCGAGCACUUCGUGGGGUCGCGGGCGCUGGGCGAGACGCUGGUGCCCCGUGAGCGCCAGGCCCUGUUCUCCAGCAUCCUGCGGAUCCAGGAGAUCAGUGCCAGGUUCCUGGCGGCGCUCGAGCAGCGCGUGGCCGAGAACCUGCAGAUCCGGGACGUGAGCGACGUGGUGGCCGCCCAUGCCCGGCGCGACUUCCCCGCCUACGUUGACUACAUCCGCAACCAGCCCUACCAGGAGAAGGAGUACAGUGCCCUCAUGGAGCGAAACGGGCCCUUUGCGGCGGUGCUGGGCCGGCUGCAGGCACAUCCCGUGUGCCAGCGCCUGCCCCUGCUCUCCUUCCUCCUGCUGCCCUUCCAGCGCAUCACCCGCCUCAAGAUGCUCCUCGAGAACAUCCUGCGCCGGGCGGAGGAGGGCUCGGAGCGGGAGAGAAAUGCGUUGGACGCCCUGGCCUGCAUCUCCCAGAUCAUUGAGGAGUGCAACUCGGAGGUGGGGCGCAUGCGGCAGACGGAGGAGCUCAUCGAGAUUGCUGGGCGCAUCGACUUCGACCGGCUCAAGGCGGUGCCCAUCAUCUCGCAGAGCCGGCGGCUGGAGAAGCAGGGGGCGCUGGCUGAGGUGCUGCCCCGGGGGUCCCUGUUCGGCACCAGGCCCCGGACGGUUCCCAUCCACCUCUUCCUCUUCAGUGACCUGCUGCUCGUCACCCAGCGCAAGAGUGCGGGGCGCUUCGUGGUGCUGGACUACGGGCACCGGUCGCUGGUGUCGGUGCAGGGGGUGGGGCAGCCCCCCCCGGCGCCCGGCCUGGCCCAGGCCUUUUACCUCACGCUACUGGAGAACCACCGCGGCCAGGCCUGCGAGCGCCUCUGCCGGGCCCCCAGCCAGUCGGACAUGCACCGAUGGAUGGAGGCCUUCCCCCAGCACGGCGCCCCUCCCAGCCAGCCCCAGGAGACCAUCUACGAGGACUGGGACUGCCCCCAGGCGCAGUGCGUGGAGCCCUACCUGGCCAGGCAGGCCGAUGAGCUGAGCCUGGAGCCGGCCGACAUUGUCAACGUGCUGCGCAAGACGAGUGAGGGGUGGUGCCAGGGCCUGCGACUGGGCGACGGUCACAAGGGCUGGUUCCCGGCCAGCCACGUGCAGGAGAUCACCAGUGAGCACGUCCGCCGGCGCAACCUGCGUGAGAGACACCGGCUCCUCCAGGCCGCCCGGCAGCUGCAGCUCUGCCGCCUCACCACCGGCAAGGCCGGCUCCGCCUGA